CUGACACUGUGCAGGUUAGAGGAGCGCACGACAGGUGUGCAGGUUUACACAGAGAACGGAGCUCCUGUGAGGCACCUGUCUGCUAAUAACCACACAGGUAUCCUUUGGGGGAAAGCACCAACCAAGAGUAAUUUUUUUUUUAGUGCAGCGUGGGGCGGGAUUUCUGUUCAGAAGGAGUUUCUUAGAGCUGCACAUCGGAAAACCGCUAAAGGGAUAACAUGUCAACUCACUUCGCAUACCAAACAAAGGCCAAACAAUGGCCAACUUUGGAGGGCACGCCAUUCCUGGCAGUUUCUUCCUGUUCUAUGGCUUUUGCUUGACGGUCAAAUACGUCCUUUUUCACAACUGGAGGAAGAGCCAGCCCAAAGCAAGGCAGAUCUUGCCGCCUCUUUUUAAAAGGAUAAACUAUUUCGAGGGAGGACUGCAAGUCUUUGCGUCAUUUGUUGGUAUUAUGGUGGAGCAGUUUGUGGUGGAUGGGCCGCACGCACAUCUGUAUGAUAAGGAAAACAAGUCCUGGGUCAAGCUGAUGAACUGGCAGCACAGCUCCAUGUAUCUGUUCUUUGGGAUUUCUGGAAUAGCCAUGCUUCUCAGCACUUCAUCCAAACUGGUGCCAGCUCGUAUCGACAGAGUAGCUCUCUCCUUGGCUCUAUUUGUUGAAGGAUUUCUCUUCUACUUUCAUGUGCAUGCCAGACCCCCCCUGGAUGCUCACAUCCACUCCCUGCUGCUGUUUCCUGUCUUCGCUGGGUCAGCCAGCAUCAUGCUGGAGUUGUUCAUAAAAGACAACAUCCUUCUGGAGCUGUUCGGAGCGUGCUUCUUCAUCCUGCAGGGCUCAUGGUUCUACCAGAUUGGAUUUGUGCUUUACCCCUUGAGUGGACCAGAUUGGGAUUUAAACGAACAUGGCAACAUCAUGUUUGUAACCAUGUGCUUCUGCUGGCAUCUAGCCAUGGCCCUGCUUCUAGUUGCCAGCACUUCUUUCCUAGUUUGGUUCACUUUGACACGAUUUUCGGAUAGGAGGGGAGACAUCGAAAUUGGAAUGAGAAACACGUUCUCCAAAACAAACUCAGAGAAAGCUCUGCUGGAAGAAUCUGAAGAAGAGUGAAGUUCUUUGUUCAGCUGUACUGAAAGCUGGUUUAACUCUGCUUGUCCCCAAACUCCUGCUGCAUCUGUGUGACGUCUGCCAAUUUGCACGAUAUUAUUUACAUUUUUUCUUAAUAAAACCACAAUAAAUCAUAAAUCAC